AUGAUGACGUCGAAUAAUGUGGAGUCGCUCAAUGCCUUAUUCAAGAAGAAUCGAGAGUUACCAAUUCUCGCAAUGCUUGAGAACAUUCAUGACAAGCUACAGCAGUGGUUUCAUGAUCGUUGUCAAGAAUCACAUAGUUGCACAAGUGUGCUAACCCCAACUCAGGAAGAUAAACUCUUCAAGACUCUAGAGGUGGCGAGAAAGGUAUAUCUAGAACCACAAGAUCAGUUUCGCUUCUUUGUGAGAUGUGCAUGUAAUUUUGGAUACAUCAUCGACUUGAAUGAUAAUACGUGCAUGUGUAGACAGUUUCAGUUGAAGAGUUUUUCGUAUACACAAGCAGUGGCAGUAGCUAUGUAUAGAGAAAUUUCACCACACACCUUAUGCAGUGCUUAUUAUACAAUUGGUUCUUGGAGAACAGCAUAUGCCGAAACCAUAUUUCUUGUACCGAAUGAAGUCGAGUGGGAAGUUCCCGAUUACAUUCUCUCAUUGAAUAACUUGUUGUUACCAGCAAUCGGCCCACGUACUCUUGGACGUACAUGUACGUCUAGAAUACCAUCAACCAGAGAAUUUUCUCGCCUCGUAAGUGCGACAGGUGUGGUGCAACAGGACAUACCAGAAGAUUUUGUACAAGUUAGAUCCCUCUACAUGACAACUUAA